AUGAGAGAUGAGGUGGCUCGGACUUAUGGCAAUAGUUCGGUUAUCGAAAUAGAAUGCUCCAAGUGUGACACUAAUGUAGAGCUCCAAACUUCAGGGAACACCAGUGGGUCAUGGACACCCCAAGGUGCUAUGGACAUCAAUAGACGAAUGGUGUAUGCUGCUUCAGAGAUGGGUGUCGGUAGAGAAAGCAUGUCUGCAAUGUGUGACAUUUUGAACAUGCCUUCCCCGUGCAAUCGCAGUGCAUGGAAUAACCAUGUGAACACAUUGUAUGAGGCACAUAAGAAGGUUGUAGCAGAAAAUUUGGAGAAAGCAAGAGAAAAAGUUAGUUCUCUUCAUGAACCAAAUGAGUCCAACGUUGUAGAGAUUGCAGUGAGUUAUGAUGGGACAUGGUCGAAACGAGGAUAUACUGCUAAUUUUGGAGUCGGUUUCGUCAUAGCCGUUGAUACAGGCGAAAUUCUUGAUUAUGACUUUGAGUCAAGAUAUGUAUGGAAUGUGCUAUAG